AUGAGGCGCAUCGAGAGAGAGCGCCGUUUCCAAGGCAAGUAUACUGGUUAUAAAGUAACGUACAAUGUAUUGCCUCAAGGAUUUGCAACUUCACAUGUCAAACGUGGCGAUGAACGACGUGGAACUAAUCUUGGCAGCAAAGGCACCGCUGCGCUCUUGUCACAAUCGAAGGAAGUAAUAGUUGGUACGCAACAUGAUACUGAGCACAGUGACUGGGAGCGCUUAGUCCAAGGCAAGUUGAUUUCUAACAUUUAUGGCGACAACCACCUUUCGCCGAAUGACUCUUCACAGGUGAUGAUAGAUCCUGAAACAGUGCAGGAGGCAUUAGACAGGGUGGACCGUGACCAGUGGAUUGAGGCAAUGGAAUCCGAGUACAACGCGUUGAAGGCCAACGAAACGUGGAACCUAGAGGAUCUUUUAAAGGGCCACAAACCGUUGAAGAGCAAGUGGAUCUUCAAGAUCAAAGCCAACCCGGACGGUACCAUCGAGCGUCACAAGGCGAGACUCGUGAUAAAGGGAUAUUCACAAGUAAAGGGAGUGGACUAUAAUGAAACUUACUCUCCUGUCGUCCGCUACGCCACGAUUCGACAUCUGCUUGCGCUGGCCACGCAAUUAAAUCUCCUCGUCUAUCAAAUGGAUGCUGUAACUGCAUUUUUGCAGUGCGAUUUGGAUGGUGAGGAGAUAUACAUGUAA